ACGAGGGCCUGCAGCGGGCCCUGCAGUUCGCCAUCACUACGUACAACAGGGCCAGCAACGACAUGUACUCCAGCCGGGUGGUGCGGGUCAUCAGCGCCAAGAGGCAGGGGAGCAUUGUGGCCGGAGUCAAGUACAUAAUGGAAGUGGAGAUUGCCCGGACGACUUGCACGAAGCCAGCGGCAGAUCUCCAGCGCUGUGCUUUGCACAACGAGCCGCAGAUGGCUAAGCACACCAUUUGCAACUUCGUAGUGUUGAAUGUUCCUUGGCUCAACCGAAUUGAGCUACUGAGCAGUAAGUGCCAGUAAGCUUACCUUGGUUCCAGCAGAGACCAGCAACCAGUUGCUCAGAUCUAAAAGAAAAGCAAUAACACAAAUUGAGAUGGGCUUUAUCAAAGCCUGUUAAUCCAGCUACUUACAUAUGCUUGUGCUAUGCAAAUUAAACCAUGUAACUUUACUUCUAAAGCACAGUAUGAUCUCAACUUUUUCUUCUUUGGAAAAAUGUUUAAGAGCAGCUGUUCUGGUCAUCCUACAGCUUUCCCAAUGAAGUCACUCCAGCAUCAGAAUUCUAAUUAAACCCCCUUAGUUUCCUGGUUAAGUGACUACUGUAAACAUAAAAGCUUAAUUAAUAAUUGC